AUAUAAACCUAAGGGGACGUGCUCAUCAUCCUCCUCUGCUACACUUGUUCACUCCUGAGCGGCACUCGGAAUCAGUCAGGAAACCCUUUGCUUUGCUUGCUAUGGCUCGUCGUGAGGAUCGUUCUCAUCCCAAGCCUCGGGACUCAUGUACCAUCGAGUUUGACGGUGCUUCCAGAGGAAACCCUGGAAGAUCUGGUGCAGGAGCCGUUCUCCGUGCUCCAGAUAAUACUGUGCUCUUCCGUUCUCGCGAGGGUUUAGGCUCUGCUACAAACAACGUAGCUGAGUAUCGAGCUCUCAAUCUUGGCCUCGAGACGGCUCUUAACAACGGCUUUAGAAAUGUGCGCGUCCAGGGUGAUUCACAGCUUGUUUGUAAGCAGGUUCAAGGUGAAUGGGCAACCCGACACCCGAAAAUGGCUGAGCUUUGUGGACAAGCACAUGAGCUUAUGAGUCAGUUUGACUCGUGUGAUAUUCAACACGUUCCCAGGGAAUUCAAUUCAGAGGCUGAUGCUCAAGCUAGCCGUGCGACCAAUCUGGCAGAGGGUGAAUAUCAAGAAGAUAUUGCAGGCCGCGGCUAUGGAAGAAGGGGAUACUAAUAUCCAAGUGGAGUGUAAUAUGCUUAUUCCUGUUUUCUUGUUUUUGGGAAUCAUGUCUUUUAGCAUGUUAUGUGUUAACAUGAUGAUGAACAUGCUCUUCUCUCUCUCUCUCUUUUGCUCUGUCUCACGGCAUGUUGACUUUCCCAAUAAAACAUGUCUAUGUCGUCUA